AUGGCGCUCCGUCUGGAUGACCGCUACAUCUGGCUAGGCUUUGCCGCCUUCUUUGUCGUGGCAGCCUACGGCGCUCGAUAUGCCAUCACAGACAUCCUCGCCCUGACGGAGAUUGAGCCUACCGAACCGGAGGAAGACGACGAGCGAGAGAGCAAGCCAGAGCAUGCUAUCGAUCUCAAUGUCCUUCGCACCCUCGCCACCUCACCAAAUCCCAAAAUAGCCAAUGCAGCCAAGGCAUUCAUCAUCCAGCGUUUCCAGGGAGACAAUCAAGCCACGGCUGUCCACGAAGCUGGAUUGAUCUCAGACGAUAUCCACGUCCGCAACCGUGCAGACAUGGUGAACCAAUAUCUAUCAAGUUUCGACGCUGGUGAUUCCCUCGGCGACCCAGGAGUGGGCUACGAGUACGCCUUGCGAGCCCGUCAGCGUGCACAGAGAUUACUCGGCGGCCCUACGGACAUGACUACCAGGCCUAGAAGCCGUCGGGGCCCCUUCCCGGACCACACCGAUGAUUACGACGUGACGGAGAUCGCCACACCCGACAGCUCACCGGAUCUUAUGAGCAUUGAGGGUAUGGAAGGCGUGAUUGUUCCUAGCCCGCUUGAUCCGGUGGCUGGGUGGACUGAUGUUCCGAGGGAGAGGACGGUGAGUCCGAGCCAAGAAGAUGCUAUGGAGGCGAGAAGAAGGAGGAGGGAGGCUGUUGUUGUGCAUGAUGGGACGUGA